GAUUCAAUUCGUAAUGAUAAAGUUAAAAAAAUUUAAUAUUUGUGUUCUGCUAUUAUACAUAUUUGUAUUUAUUUCCGUAAUACAAUGUCAUCUAUUAGAAGGGCAAUAUUGUUUGCACAAACGAAGUAUGUCUCUAGGCACUUGUAAGCCAUUAGACAAUUGUGAAGAGACUGAUCAUGAAAAUAAUCAUGAAAAACAUCUAACACCUCAAUUAUGUAAUUGGAAUAAUAAAACGCCAAUAGUUUGCUGUCGAAAUACACAUCCAAUUGAAACACAAGAAAUAACAGAAAUAGAGAUUCUUGAAACUAUAGAAGAAACACGAAAAAUAAAGAUAGAACAUGCAGAAAUAAUCCCAAAACAGAAAAAACCUCAACUAGAGGAAGAAUUAAAAAUGGAGACUGACAAAACAAAUGGAAUUAGUAGAAAAUUGUGCUUGUAUUAUGCAAAAUCAGUUUAUGCUCUCAAGUAUCCAGUUUUCAAUGCUCCUGGAGCUGCACCACAAAAUGAAUCACAAUGUGCUGUGGAAUAUCGCCCUUUAAUUAUCGGAGGCUCUGAUGCUAAGCCAAAGGAAUUUCCACACAUGGCUCUGAUUGGUUAUGGUGAAGAAAAUGAAAUCGAAUGGGGUUGCGGUGGUUCAUUAAUCACCGAAGAAUGGGUUUUGACAGCAGCUCAUUGUGCUUAUCCAUCCAUGGGUGAAGCAAAAUUUGUUCGAUUGGGUGAAUUAGAUUUGCAAAAUGAAAAUGAUGAUUCUGAGCCACAAAAUUUUAUUAUUAUUCAAAUUGAACAACAUCCUGAAUACAAAGAAGAAUUGAACUUUUAUAAUGACAUAGCAUUAUUCAAACUUAACAAAAAAGCAAAACUUACUGCUUAUGUUCGACCAGCAUGUUUAUGGACGAAACGAGAAAUUAAAAGCUCCAAAGCUAUGGCAACUGGAUGGGGACAGACAAGCGACGUUCAUAUGACACAAAGUUCACAUUUACUCAAAGUAACAUUAAGUUUAAUACCUCAAUCAGAAUGCAAUCAUUAUAAAAAUAAAAUAGAUUAUGAGAAGAGCAUUUGUGCUGGUAUAAGUAAGAAGGAUAAAAGCAUUAAAAAUACAUGUCAGGCUGAUUCAGGAGGUCCAUUACAAAUAUAUGCCGAAGACGUCAAAUGUAUGUAUUAUAUUAUUGGAAUUACAUCGUAUGGAAAAGUAUGUGAUUUAAGUGGUACAGGAGUAUAUACAAGAGUAUCGAACUAUAUACCAUGGAUAGAAAGCAUUGUAUCGAUAAAAUAAAUUUGUAAUUUUAAUGCUCGA